AUGGAAUAGCAAAAUAAAUCGAGAUGUAAAAAAGAUAAACAAAAACCCGAGAUGAAAGUUACAACGAUGAAGGACUGAACACAUUUACUCAUCUCUCUCUCUAAGAUGCUGACAAUUAGCUAUCGACCCUCUUGGCGCAAGCUAGGGGCGGUGUUCAGCGACCGAUGGCGACCUCACUAGCUAUGCCCACUCUCUUUGUCAACACCAACAUUUAUUUAUUUAUUUACUUUUGGUUCACACAACAUUUUUGUACUUUUGGUUGCCAUUCACCAUUUAUGUUCAACCUUCCCUUUUCACUCUCUCUCCAUUCUCUCCCAACCUUUUUUUUUUCCUUUUCACCCUAUCUUUUUGAACUUUAAUUUCGUCAUCGACAUAAGUGUCUCGUAUGUAUACAAACCCUUCAUUCUGUCUUCGAGGUUCAUCAUUAUUUAAUCAAUCGACUGCAUCCGAGGAAAUCAGGUGUAUGGGGGAAUAAGGGCACAUAUGUUUGGCAAUUGGCAUCCCUCUUUCCCAAAUUCUAAAGCCCUCUGCAAAUGGCCCCUCGUGGGCUCCCGUCCUUCUUCAAGAUCUUGCUUGACCGUUCUGCCCCUCACCUGGAAUUGCCACCUGGUUUUGUCCACAAGCACUUGGAGAAGAAGAUCCCUGAGAACCCAAUACUCCUAUCAAGAAAUGGAGGGUAUGAAUGGAGAUUAAAGAUAAAAAAAGAAGGUGAAAUUUACUACUUUGCCGAUGGAUGGAGUGACGUUGUUGAAGAUAGCGACUUGGGAUUUGGGGAUUUUCUUGUGUUUUGGCUCCUUGAUGAAUCCACCUUCAAACUUUCAAUUUUCAGUCCAAAUGGGUGCGAAAAAAAUUUCCCCUUAAAAAUCCAGGAUGAACAUGAUGACACUGAAGAAGAAGAAGAAGAAGAAGAAAAAGAAGAAGAUAAUUAUUAUGAUGAUGGUGGCAAUGGAGUAGAAUACGAGGAGGAUGACGAUGACGAUGGUGGUGAUAUUGAUGGGGAUGACGGGGAUCCUUUCUUUAUUAAGAUUAUAUCUAAAGACAAAUAUACUUUGCGAUUUCCGUUGGAAUUUUCACGGUUGACCGGACUAAAAGCUGGAAGAAGCAUAAAUAUGAAGAAUAUUGAGGGAAAGGAGUGGCCGAUGAAGUUAUGUUUACAAAGCGGUAUUAAAUAUACAAGAUACUAUUUAUCAGGGGGUUGGAGUGAAUUCAAGCGAGCUAAUGAGUUAUGUGAAGGAGAUAAAUGUGUAUUCAAGUUUCUCAAAAGGGAAGAUAAGUUCUGUCUAGCAAAAGUCACCAAGAAAAGUGAAGUCUUGAAGAGGAAGUCAGGAAGGCAGCCGCCACGUGUGGUGGUGAGGCAGCCAGCGGGAAAAGUUCCGGCGGCUCAAGUUUCAAUGAGAUCGGGAGGGCGGCAGGUGGUGAUGGGUUUAAAGGUGUGGUCCACAAAGCUAGAUGGUAAAGCUUCGGUGGUUGAAGAAUUGAAGAGGAAGAGAGAGCGGCCGCCACGUAUGGAGGUACGUGUGGAGGUGGUGCUGGGUUUAAAGGUGUGGUCCACAGACGAGAUGGAGUUCAAAUCACGUGGAAGGCCAUUUACGAAGAAACGGCUCAAUGUUGAUAAUUAAUUUUGAAAAAAAAUAUUUUAAAAUGGACUAACUUUUAUGAUGUAAGCAAGGUCACGUCUAUGUAAAAUGUUCUUUUUUUAGAAACAUCACUCAUCUGCAGGGACGGACGCAGGAAUUGAUAGUAGGUGUUGCCGAA